AUGGGUCCCCAGCAGCCCCUCCGGGCGAAAAGCAGGGCUCCCCCCUGCCUGGUUCUUGUGGGGCUCCUCCUGGGUAUCAUUCAGGCUGUGGAAACUAACCCCUCACGUACAGCUGUUUGUCCAGGUUAUCCCGAUGUCCGGAGAGAACCGCAAGGCCAAAUCCAUAGCCCUUCCUCCCGGGUGAUGACUUCCAGCAGCUGUACUUGGGUGAUUGUGGGUGGCCCGGACGAUAUCAUUUACAUCGGGUUCCAGCAGUUCUUCCUUUCCUGCGGGCCGGAAUUGCUGAUCAUCCGUGCGGCCAAUCAGCCGCCCAGGAAAAUGUGCGGUUACACAGCACCGGAACCAAUUCGAAUAAAAGGAGGCAACGUGACCCUGACUUACAGCUGGAAAUUUUGGGCGAGGAACGGAUUUCAGCUGAAAUAUGAAAGAGAAUCUAAACCACAGCCUGUUGUGUCAUGCAACCGCACCUUGGACGACUUCUACGGGGUGAUUUAUUCCCCAGCCUUUGGCUCGGACUCGCACCUGGGAGCUGCCCAUUGCCAGUGGGUGCUGGAUGCCCACGACAGCCGCCCCCUCACCAUUCGCUUCACAGUCCUUAACUUAGAUAUCGGCGACUACUUACGGGUGUACGACGGGUCGCCCAACGGCCCACUCCGCCCUCGCCUGCUGCGCAACUUGGAUUAUACCAGCAACAACAAGAUUGUGUUGGUGGAUUCCCCAUCCAGCCAGGCAUGGGUCGUCUACCAGGCGGUGCCCGGAACAGAAGGACGGGGCUUCAAUGCCACGUACCAUGUGCAAGGCUUUUGCGUGCCGUGGGACUUCCCCUGCGGAGGAGACAGUGGCGAGGGCGCCACGUGCUACAGCACCGCCGAGCGCUGCGACGGAAAUUGGGAUUGUGCCAACGGUGCCGACGAGGAUGGUUGCCACGGCUGCCCACCGGGGCAGUUUCCUUGCGGUGGACGAGGCAUCGGAGGUGCCGUCUGCUACGGUCCCACCGACCGCUGCAACUACCAAACGUUUUGUGCCGACGCUGCAGACGAACGCCAUUGUUACACCUGCCAGCCGGGGAACUUCCGGUGUAGAGAUGGCCGCUGCAUCUACGAGAGCUGGGUGUGUGACGGGCAAGCGGACUGCGUCGAUACCACAGAUGAAGCGGACUGUUCCUACAUCCUGCCCCGCAAGGUGGUGACGGCGGCCGUCAUCGGCAGCCUGGUAUGCGGUCUCCUUCUGGUCAUCGCGCUGGGCUGCACAUGCCGUCUGUACGCGCUCCGGAGUCAUGAAUUUGGGGUCUUGACACCUAUGUCGCGGAUGGAGGCCCAGAUGGUUCAGCGCCAGGCUCCGCCAUCUUACGGCCAGCUCAUCGCUCGUGGCGUGAUUCCUCCAGUAGAAGGGUUCCCGGUUGAGCAUCCAAAUCAGAAUUCGGUGCUGGGGAAUUUGCGGUCUCUCCUGCACCUUUUUCGACGGGACCCCGCUAGCCCUCCAGGCGCCAGGGGGGUGCGUCGUCCCCGUCAAAGCCGCUUCGUACGACGUGUGACGAGGCGCAUGCGCCGAUUGGGGCUACUUCCUCCCUCAGCCUCCCCUGCCUCGUCUUCUGCUACGGCCACCUCUUCCACUCCUGAUGACUCGGGGGAGCCAUCUUGUGGGGACGGAGAUGCUUCUUCUCAACUUCCAGAAGACCAACCGUCGGCUCUUCCCGUUAAGAUCCGGCCAACUCCUGCCGAAUCCACGCCGGAUCCUCAUGUCCCACAUCCUACUCCACGGUUCACGGGGGUUAUGCAUAGCCUCCGAGUCCGGCUUUUCUCCCCCGUGCCCACUUGCUCCGCGGAAGCUGGAGAACACCCCCUGAACCCAUCUCCAUUUCCUGAUGAGGAAGAUGAAGUCCUCCUGGUUCCUCUGACGGAUCCACAACUCGAGGACCUUCACGCCACCGAGAACUGGGAUGCCGACGACGAACCUCUCCUGACUUGAGAAUUUUUUGCUGGAUGUGGCCUUUCGGAAAUUUGUCACCAGCGACCGACAACGGACAGUCAAGCUUACUUUUCUUUCCUGCGGAUCCUUCCACAAUUUUUCCCCCCCAUCAAAAAUGGCCGUUUAGAUGGGGGAGAAAAAUCAAAUUGUUUUUCAAAAAAAAAUAUUUCUUCUUCUCGUUGGCGUUUUGACCCUAAGGACUGGUUUCUUUUGGCUUUUUUUGAAAUCAGUGGCUUUUUAUUGAUCUCCAAAGGGUUGGAGAAAUACCCUUUGCCUCGCCAGAUCAGCAAUUUUCUUGGCGUCUUUAAAUCUUAAAAUCUUUGUAGGAGGGAUGAUUGUCUUCUCCCAUUGCCAUUUUUCUUCUCAAGUAAAAACUUAGAUCAUUUUUUUUAGAGAGGUUUUUGAUUCCUUCCGGCCCUGAAGUGGGAGCUUGUGCCGAAAGUUAUCAAAGUUCGUGCGGGUGGCAUUUUAAAGAUUGUUCUUACAAAAUGAGGAGGAGGAGGAGGAGGAGGAAGAAAGAAUGAAAUGUGUUCUUUGGAGAAACACUGAAGUUAUUUGCUAGACUAAAAAAAACGAAGGAAGCAAAGAUACAAUCCAGAAUAAUCUUUAGCAACCUUAAGGCAGUUUCUUUAAGAGCAGUAAUUUCAUUUCCCCCCUUAGACCCUUCCAAAUUGUCCAUCGUGUAUCGCAACUAAAGAUUUAUUUUUGUGAAUUUAUGGAAAGCUGAAAAAAAAUAUAAUAAUUUCACCGGAACUAUUUUUUUUUUUUUUUUGCAAAUCACGUUUUACGA